AUGGCCUUACUCAAGAUAUUUAAAAGAGCCAAGAAACCAUGGGGUUAUAGUUGGCGGUCCUCGUCAUCUUUCACGGUGGCAUGCGUCGUCGUAACACUGUUUGCAGAAACGUUCACCCACGGUUUCGUGAUACCUAUCCUUCCGUACAUUCUCGAGAAGCGUAACAAUGUCGACCCUAAGGAUACUCAGCAAUUUACGUACUUGAUACUCACGACUUAUGGCGCCACGGCAGUGGUGUCUGGACCUGUGAUCGGGCAGUUGACAGACAGAUUUAAGUACCCCAAGAUAAUUCUAGCAGUCGGGCUAGGAAUCGCACUUCUAGGGACGGUUGUUCUCGCAACUUCCACAAAUCUUAUAAAUGUUUUCCUCGGGCGCAUGGUACAGGCCGUGGGCAGUACGGUAUCCCAGGUAGUUGGGCAUGCAACACUUAACGAUGUUGUCAAACCACAAAAUAUGGGUAUGGUAUUGGGUAUGGUAAACGCCUUUAUCAGUGCAGGGGCGUUUUCUGGUCCGGCGAUAUCGGGCUUCAUGCUCGAAUACUUCGGAUAUUGGAAAACCUGGAUGAUAGUAUUCGGGAUACUUUCCCUAGAUAUCGUGCUGAGGUUGUUGUUGAUUGAACAUCGAAAAAUCAAAGAUAUGCGGAAACAAGCCAAAGCCAAGGAUGAAGAAAGCAGAAACGCUAGCUCGUUACCGGAGGGCGUAAACGAAUAUACCUCCCUUAUUUCCAACGUCUCGAAGAAACCCUACAGUCUCACGAAGGGAAUAAGUGAUGUGAAGAAAGGCUGUGCAUCCAUGUUCUCCUUCUAUUGGACACUCCUCAGCCAGCCUAUGAUCCUUAUUGGACUCAUGUCCUAUAUGACCCGCUCAUCUCUAAUGGCUAGUUUCAACACUACACUCCCCACGCAUGUACGAGAUCUUUUUGGGUGGGGUAGCUUCCCCGCCGGCAUGUUGUUCGUCGGGCUCCAGGCGCCAGGCAUGGUCCUUGACCCUCUGUUCGGAUGGAUCCGAAGAAAGGGCGGAAAAAAGAUACUCACAGGCUUGGGGUUUACUCUCCUGGGUCCACUGCUCUGGCUUCUCGGAGUAGUGAAUGAAAAAUGGAUGCCAUGGUCCGGUUCCGAGGAUAUGGUUAAGCUCGUAUAUGUCAUUGUCAUUGUCUGUAUAGGAUGCAUCCAGAAUCUCCCAGCAAGUGUCGGAGCAGCGGAGAUAACCGCCGUGAUGGAACAUCUUGAAUCGGAGACUCCGGGGAUAUUCGGCACCAAGGGUGGGAAUUCGCGAGGCCACUCCCUUUCUAACGGGAGUUUUAAUCUGGGCCAGUUCAUAGGACCGCUUUUAUCUGGAUCUUUAGCAGAUAAUCUGGGAUAUGAUAGUAUGACUUCAACUUUGUGUGGUAUCUGCUUCGUUACAUCGGUUUUGACAAUUGCUUUUAUGAAAGAUAAAUAAAUCGUCAAGAAGAAGGAGCUGGUGGGGAUGAUGGUAGGUAAUUGGGAUCGUGAUGAAAGUGUUUACCUGGGAGGUGGUUGAUGUUUAAUGUUGCUAUGCUGGAA